AUGCCGCCUCCUCCUUCUCCUCUGAAACUCAAGAAGUCAUCAUCUUCCACUCAAACCCUCACCACCACCGCUACUAGCGCACAGGAUGCGCGCCUUCUCGUGCGUGAAACGCUGCGUAUCAGUGCCAGCCUCGCCUCCUCCGAGCCUAAUCUGCCGCCUUUAGACACGCAAACUCACACCCCUCCGAACCAGCUUGGUUUGCUCCACCACGAUCAAGACUUCGUAAGCUCCAGCUUCAGAUUGAUUUGCUGCGAGGAGAUCGACGGCCGCCGAUGGAACUACGUGGCCGAGCCCGAUUCCUCCCCUGGUACCUUCAAGAAGGGCUCCCUUCGUGCUCUUGGCUUGCACAGCCCCCAACCUCCUCUCGACGGGUUGAUGUCAUUUGUAAGGUCAUAUGUUGUCCCGGAAGGAUUCCCUGAUAGUGUAAUCCCUUCCUAUGUCCCCUACAUGACGUGGAGAGCUCUCAAGCACUUCUUUGGUGGCGCAAUGGGUGUUUUCACAACACAAACCCUUUUGAAUUCUGUUGGAGUCUCUAGAAACACAGCUGCUCCUGGUGCUGUUGCUAUCAAUUGGAUUCUCAAGGAUGGUGCUGGUCGUGUUGGAAAAAUGCUUUUUGCCCGACAAGGAAAGAAAUUUGAUUAUGAUCUAAAACAGUUGCGGUUUGCGGGUGAUCUUCUUAUGGAGUUGGGUGCUGGAGUAGAGUUGGCAACUGCAGCUGUGCCGCACCUUUUUCUUCCUUUGGCUUGUGCAGCUAAUGUGGCCAAGAAUGUUGCUGCUGUAACAUCAACAUCAACUCGAACACCAAUUUACAAAGCGUUUGCAAAAGGAGAAAACAUUGGGGAUGUGACAGCUAAAGGAGAAUGUGUUGGCAAUAUUGCAGACUUGCUGGGAACUGGACUGAGCAUAAUGAUCUCAAAAAGAAAUCCAUCAUUGAUUACUACAUUUGGCCUCCUUUCAUGUGGAUAUGUUCUCAGCUCCUAUCAAGAGGUUAAAUCUGUAGUAUUGCACACCUUGAACCGAGCAAGAUUCAGUGUGGCAGUAGAUGCCUUUCUUAAAACAGGGCGAGUUCCAUCAUUGCAAGAGGGAAACUUGAAUGAAAACGUUUUCAGAUUUCCCUGGUUGAAAGAGGGGCCUGUUGUUCUUGGGCCAAGAUUUAAAGAUGCAUUCCAAGAGCCAAAUGUCUAUCUUGCGAUAGAGCCCUUCUUUGAGAAAGAGAGAUAUGUUGUCACUUAUAAUCCAAAAAAAGGUAAAGUAUACGCAUUGUUCAAAGAUCAAGCGAAGUCAGAUGACAUUCUAAAAGCGGCAUUUCAUGCACAGGUGCUUUUGCAUUUCAUGCAUUUAUCUUUUGACAGUCAGCAUCUGUCUCAGAAGGAGAAGACAGGUGGAUACUUAAACUUUAAGCCCACAGCUAAAGAUCUGGAGGCGUGUAUUGUUGAGUCAUGUAAGAUGGUCUCAACUUCAUAUGGGAUUUUCAAGAGUAAAGCUGCAGAGCAGGGGUGGAUGAUGUCAGAAGCACAUCUUAAUCCUGGCCGAGCUCGUCUUAUCAAAAGAUGCAAAAGAGGGGUUAAAAGGGCUUGUCACCACAAUAUCAUAUCACUGGGACCGUGGGAACCAUUUGUCUCAUUACGCCUGUGGGAUCUAGGUCGAGCUUUGCUCGGUGGAACAAAGACUUAA